CGCCUCCCCGGUGUGUGUUUACAUCGGGCGGGAGGAGCCGGAGCCGAAGCCCGGCGCGGGGGCGGGGCCAGGGCCAGGGCCAGGGCCAGGAUCAGGACGCGGACCCAGCAGCUGCGCGGCGCUGCCUCUUCUUCCUCCUCCUUCUUCGUGCCGCCUGUGCGGGGCCCUCGCGAGCAGCGCCCGCAGCAGCGCCGGCGGAGGCAUGAAGGGACCCAACUUAGAAACAGAGAUGGUAGAAGAUGAAAGUGACACUACCAAUGAAGAAAUGCCCCCUCAUUUGCGGGAAGAGCCUCCUGAAGACUCCAGCAAGGACCAUCCUCAGCAACAGGCUGGAGUGAUCUGGAGAGUGACAGGAGGCCUGUUCAGCAUUACCCGGGGAGCUGUGGGUGCCACAUUAGGAGGAGUUGCCUGGGUUGGCAGCAAGAGCCUGGAACUCACCAAAACAGCUGUGAGCAGUGUCCCUGCUGCUGGUGUUGGACUGGUAAAGGGCAGCGUCUCAGUAGUGACCGGUGGCAUGGGAGCCGUGGGCAGUGCAGUUGCCAGCAAAGUCCCUUUCACUACAAAGAAGAAAGACAAGGCUGACUAGCCGUGAUUGCAGCUUCCUUCUGAAAAAUCAACUUGUCCAUAUGCUCCCCCCUACACAGCACGUCUUCAGAUUGGAAAUGGCCACCUCAGGGAGGGGAUAAGUACCAGUGCAGACUCCAGCUGCAGCCUGCUCAGCACCACCUGCCUGGCUCAAAGUUCACAGAGACACUGCAAAUGCCUUUCACUCCCAUCACCUACUGGGGACCAUCUCUAUUCCGAGGGCUUUAAAGACGCAGUUGUCUCUACCUUGAAAUUUCCUUCUCCCCUUCUUGCUCUCCUGGGUACUAAAAGGGUUGGAGUGGGCACUGGGCUCCAUCUCACUGGAGACAGUGGGUGGGUGGGAAAAACUGUGUCCUAGCAUUGAGAGCGCACAUGCUCCUGAUGGUCCUUUCAUUUUAUUU